AUGAAAAUAACCCUUCUUUCUAUCGGUCGUUCCCUUCUUCCGACUCCAUCCACACUCCAUCGACCACUCCCUCCGCCUUCGCCUCCAACGCCCACCAGUUUCAUCGAUCCUCCCUCAAUCGAACACCUCUACCUCCCGUCAACGAUCAACAACGACUACCAAUCAACAAUUCUUAAUCCGCUUAUGCUGCCUAUGCUAGAAAGAUCAACCUCGAGAACUAUGGGUUCAUCAACAAUUCCUCAGAGACUUCACGGAAUCGUUCAUCAAUGGCAGCCAUCGCUUGAUUUCCUUCAUCUCACUCCAUCACUCUGUGCCAAUUCGAUCCCGACUCCCGAGAAUUCUUCUUCAAGCGGGCCAAGUGGUUCGAUAGUUGGUCAUCUUCUGGAUUAUCUCAACGAGUCUUGGACUCAGUUUCAUGCCACAGAUUGA